AUGGCGGACAGGUCUCAAAAUGAAACAGGUAUUAAUGUCACUAAAACCAUGUGUACCAUUAGUAUUAAUACAGAAGAUCCUACAAGAAUAAAAGAGGAAGGGAAGGAAUAUCCUGAAGAGGAAGGCGGAGACGAUGAAAGUCAAAGAGCGGUUGAUAGAAGGAGGAAGAAAGAUGACUGUAGUGAUGAUGAAGAAGAAGAGAUUGGUACUAAUGUGUCUGAUAGACAUGAAGCGACUGAUAGACAUGAAGCGACUAAUAGACAUGAAGCGACUGAUAGACAUGAAGCGACUGAUAGACAUGAAGCGACUGAUAGACAUGAAGUGACUGAUAGACAUGAAGUGACGUCUAAUGGAGACAAAGGGACCAAAGACAGACAAGAGCUAACUAGUGGGGGAGAGGAAAAGGAGGGAGACAGGGAGAGUGUUGAUGGUAACCAAGAUGAAGGAGAGAGUCGGGAGGAACAAGAAGAUAUUGAACUAAAAGAAGGCUCUGAUCACAGUCAUCAAGAGGAAGAAGAGAAUGAAGAGGAGAGAAAAGAGGAGGAGGGAGGAUGGGAAGAGAACCCUGAAGAGGAGGGAGAGGAAGAGGCUGAAGUGUUAACAAAGGAUAACCCGAUGUUUGUCCCAAGGGCUGGCCCUUACUUCUAUCAUGACAGCAGGUUUGAGGAUGAAGAUGAGACUGGAGAAGCAGAUCAGCCAACAACUGAAACAAUAGCUACUGUUACUAAGCUCAAGUGUCAGGAACUGGACAAAUGGGAACACGACCUUUAUGUGGCAGAGGAGCAGAAGCCUAGGGAAGAAUGGGAGAAGAAGAAGGAUAGGGAAUAUUAUGAGAAUUUGGAGUAA